GAGGCCGCCGCGUGAGGUGGUGGUGCUGUGUGUGCUGCGCGGCCGGCGCGCGACGGGCCGCCGCCCGACCGCCAGUGGCCCUGUGACAGUGUGUCUGUGUCUGUGUGUGUGUGCCGCGGCGGGCCCCGUGUGACGGCGCGUGUGGCCGGCAGGAGGCGAGGUGCCGAUGUGAGCCGGCCGCGGCAGCGACAGACGCGGCUGGGACCGCCGCCGACGCCAUGUACAACUCAGCCAACAACCCCAUGCUCAAGGGCUAUGUCUCCAGCCAGGAGCGGGACCAGAUGCGCGAGCGGGAGCGCAAGUCGCGCAGCCAGAUCGCGCAGCAGGCGGCGCGCGACACGUUCAUGGAGCAGGCCAGCGGCGCCGAGUUCGCCGAGCCCAUCAAGAAGCGGCAGAACCCGCAGAUUACGGCCAUCCUGGGCGAGUUUGACCGUCUGGCGCCCAUCAUGCGCUCGGAGCACGCCAGCGCCAGUCUGGUGGGCGCCGACGUGAUGCCCUGCACGCCGGCGCCCGUCCACCAGGACCACGACCACCUGUUUGAGGCGCCGGCGCCGGCGCCCAGCCGCGCCGCCAUGCGCGCGCCGCCGCCGCCGCCGCCGGCGCCCGAGCGGCGGCCGGCGCGUGUGCCGCUGCUGCCGCCCCCGCCCCCGCCCCCGCCGCCGGCCCCUGCCCCGGCCCCGGCUCCGGCCGUGCACCACUCGGGCCGGGCCCCGCGGCCGCCAGCCAGGAGUGAGAAGCGGGACCGGCCGGAGCUCACCACGAUCCUGCAGGAGAUGGUGGGCCCGUUCCCGGCGCUGGUCACCCCGCUCAAGGUCAACCCGCCGCCCUUCCAGUUUCCCGCCUCCAGGGACGCGCCCGUCACGCCGCUGCAGCGCACGCCGGAGCAGCACGGUCGGGAGCCGGCCGCGCCGCGGGACGACACGGAGAGGCGGCGCGGCCGACCGGCGCUCUGUCGGAGGUCUCUGUCGGAGGACCUGACUCUGUCGGAGGACUCUGACGAUGACUCGGCGGCGCACAAACACCAGCAUCUCCCUCAGCAGCCGGCGGUGUCGGUGUCGGCUUCCCGGGGCUCCGGCCGCCUCUCCGACCGGUCCAGGCCGUCUCCGUCCGGAUCCGCCGACCGGCCGGCAGCGCCCUCGGCCAAGUCGGCCGCCGCGCCGGCCGCCGCCCCGGCCGUGCGCGUGGCCUCCAGCUGCUCGUCGAGCGAGUCCGGCUCAGAGUCCGAGUCGGAUGACUCUGCCGACGAGCUGCGCCCGGUGCCGGCGGCGGCCGAGCCGGCGCCCGGCUCCCCGGCCGAACAGAAGGAGGGCGGCGACAGCCCCACCAAGCUGGGCGUCCAGUGGAGCCUCAGCUCCAUCAUGGGCAAGGACUCGGCCAGCACGCCCGUCUCGUCCAUAUUCGACGGCACGCCCGUCAGAAAGCUGUCGCCGCCCGAGUUUCCCGGCAGCGUGGACCCCAUGGGGCCGAGCAGUGCCGAGCCGCUGGACGCCGACGGUCAGGACGACGGCAUCUCCAUCGAGGACCUGGUCACCCAGGUGAAGUCGGGCUCGCCGCUGCUGCUCUCGGACGGCCCGGCGCCGAUGGAGAUGUCAGACGACUCGUCCGGCUCCGAGGACGAGCCGCGCCGGCCGGCCGAGCAGCCGGCGGCCGCCGCGGCCGGCAGCAGCGUACGCUCCACCGGCGGCGGCAGCCGGCCGCGGCCGCGACUCUCCGCCCUCAGUGAGAGCGAUAGUGAAAAGGUGGAACGCUCGAAACGGCGCGCGCCGCCGGCCGAGGGCGCGCCGCGCCGGCCCGGCCGGCCACGGGUCAAGCAGAAGCCCUCACCGCGGCGGCCGCCCAGUGACAGUGACUCGGACUCAGACGCCGAGGCGCCGCCGCCGCCACCGCCGCCCACCCGGCCGCCGCGGCCGCCCGGCCGGCCGCCCAACCCGCCGCCCAGCAAGGGCAGCCUGAAGGCGGCAGCGCCGGUGGAGGCGGCGCGGCCUGGCCGGGGCCGCGGCCGGCCCAGCCCCAGCUACCCGUCGCGCGAGAUGAUCAGCACCACCGACUCGUCCGACUCCGAGUCUGCGCCGUCGGCGUGCCGCCGGGUGGCCGCCGCCAGCAGUGACGACGACCGGCCGGCGCCCAUGGCGGCCCCGGCCCCGGCACCGGCGCCGGCGGCGGCCGCCGUGUCCGACUCGUCCGACUCGGACUCGCCGCCCAAGCUGGACGCCGGUGGCGUGAGCACCAGCGACGCUAACAAGAAGGCCACCGUCAACCGGCUCUUCUUGCACCGCGUCAAAAAGUCGACGCCGCGCGGCCGGCCGGCCAACUCGAGCGAGCGCAGCGAGGGGCACGCGUCCCCGGCGGCGGCGCCGACGCCGCCUGCCGCGCCGCUGGCGCCGCCGCCGCCGCCGGCGCUGCUGGCCACGCCGGCCGUGCCGCUGCCGCCGCUCAGCCGGCACAACGGCGUGCCGGUGCUGCGCUGUCGGAUAGAGAAGCGGCUCGUGCAGCGGACGGACGCGCGCGACGAGCCGCCGCCGCAGACGGAGCUGCGCCGCGCGGACGUCAAGGCGGAGCCGCCGGCGGCCAGUUCGGUCCGCUCGACGGCGUCGGCUGGCUCUCCGGCCACCUCCGGCCAGAAGCGGCGGCGCCGCGACUCGGACCGGCGCGCCAAGAAGGAGCGACGCGACGAGGCCGCCUCUAAGCGGCGGCCCGGCUCGGUUCACUCCAACACGCCGUGCGGCGCCGGCCAGCCGGCCGACCAGCCGGCCGCCGAGGAGGACGGGCCGCUGGGGAAGCGCCGCGCCGCCGACGAGCCGCGCACGCACACACCGACCGGCGGCCCGGCCGGCCAGCACGAGCACAGGAUUGAGUCGCCGCCUACCGGAGUCCGGGAGGCAGACAGCAGUACAAACCCCAGCGCCGAGCCUUACGACAGCAACGUACCGCAGGCGCUCUACACCAACCAGCCCUUCCCCAUCCCGGCGGGCGACCAGAACCAGUACCUGAAGCAGGCCCGCCUGCUCAAACGCGCCGCCGACACCGAGCACGACCUCACCCUGCGGGUCAUCAGGUACACCCAGGCGGUGUUGUACUUCCUGCUGACGGCCCUGUCGAUGGAGAAGGACGCCGAUGACGCCGAGAACAUGCUGGUUAUGCUCAACGACACGCUGAAGCUCAUCAAGGACAUGCUGCGCCUCUCGUCGGCCACCUAUCGAAAGCAGGGGAAGCGGCCGAGCCACAUCGACCGGAAGCUGCAAACGCUGCUGCUCCGCUGUCAGGGCCUCAUCUACCUGCGCAUGUUCAAACUCAAGGAGCCCGAGCACAAGAAGGCGCAGCGACAGAUCUCCGACUUCAAGAACCAGAUGCUGAACGAGUGUCUGACCGAAGACGGCCGGGCGUACCAAGUGCCGCGCGAGCUGCUCCUGCUCAUGAUCAAAUGCAACGAGACGCAGGGCCACCUGCGGGACUGGCUCGACUACUGGGAGCAGGCCGACGAGCUGAUGCAGCCCGCGCCCGACAUAGGGAAGUUUUUCGCCGAGAUCGACCGCACGAUGGGCGGCCUGCUCAACACGAGCACACUGCUCCACCUGGUCUACUACAUCCGCGAGACGACGCGCCGGCUGCAGGCCAUGCACACGGGCGCCGCUGUCUGAGCGCUGCCGACCUGCGCGCGCAUCACAACCGUAUCAGGGUACUCCGUGGCAAUCCGAGCCGGGCAGCGGAGCCGCGGCGCCGGCCGAGCUUCCCUCCGCGGGCGCCGCGCCGGGCCCGUUUUGUACCGGCGCGCGGCCGGCGCCGCCCAGUGCAGGCCGGGUUUGUAUUUUUGUACGGAUCAUCGCCAUCGCCGGCCGGGCACGCAGACGCCGGCCGCAGUAUCGCCGCGCGGCGGCCACCAGUCCAAACCAUCGCCCAUCGCCCUGUCUCUCUCUCUCAGUCGUCACUCACCGGUUGGCGGCGCGGCCGACACCGGCCGGCCGCCGCCCCUCACACGAUGCCUUGACAAGGCAGCCGCCCUGCCUCCCUGUCCCCGCCGUCCCGUCCCCGGUCACGGUUCCUCUGUGGGGCAGUGCCCCGGCACACGCCGUCUCCCUCCUCUCGCUCACCCCUGUCUCUCUCUCCCCGCCCCGGGUGCCGGGCCGCCGGUCUCAGCCGGCGCCCGCCCCGCUCCAAGUGCCAGCGUUACCGGAUGCGUGCCUCCCCGUGUGCCCUGCCCCGGCCGAGCGCCGGGGCCACCCCGCGCCGUCAGCCGGCCAGCCACACAGAUGGAACGGUACUGACAAUACACGUUCGUAUAUUGGGUAUAAAAGAGCGGCGUGGCCCGAGGCCGACCGUACACGUAUUUAUUUUGUUUGUUUAAGCUUCCAGGAGGCAGCAUUGCGUCCAGCGAGGGUAUUUUUGUAAAGACUGUUGUACAUAGGUGCGGUGCAGAGUGUUGUGAUGCAAGCUACAAAUGAAUGAUGUGUUAGAUCAUUUUCAUCCGCAGUCCGCACCCCAAUAAACGUGUAUGACGUG